UAUACCCCUUCAAGAUAACCCUUCUCCAACCAUCAAUCAAUUGAUCAACAACCAAUACAUCAUGAUGUCCCCCCUCCGAUCCCUCUUAAGAUCUUCCUCCAAAUUCCCCUCUAGAUCCCUCUCCACCUGCCCCGUCCGCCUCAACCAAUCCCAUCCCACUCCAGACUCCAACCCCAACCCCAGCUCCUUCAAGCAGACCGCCUCCCGCUACCGCCUCUUCGCCAGCCCCUUCGCCAAAGUCUUCCUCGGCGGCAUCUUCACCUACCAGGUCAUCUACUGGACCUGGCUCAAGCUGGAGAUGGAUGAGUCCAAGUGGGAGAAGCGCCAAGAAGCUACUGCUUUGGAGAAAGAGGCGAGGGAGUUGACUGCUUCUCAAAAAUAGCCCUUUUUUCCUCUUGAUGUUGGUUUGUCUCGACCUGCAGUAUUGUAGGUGGUCUGGCUGACUGUCAUUGUAUUGUUGUUUCGAUCUAGAGGAAGAGGUUCUGUAUUUUUAAUGUUAUAUAUACCCAAUGGAUCUGUGGAGUUCCUUGUUGUGUA